AAAAAGUUCAAAGUAACCACGCCAAAAAUCACAAAUAUAACACGAAAAGAAUUUUUUAUGAGAGUAUUUCACUAGUCUAGUGCUACCAACCGUCGAUUUUGACGUUUUGUAAUGGACGUCAUUUUUUGACGUUUAUUAUUAAAAACACAAAAAAGAAGACAAUGCUGCGUACAACCCUUUUGAAAGCCCUCAAAGGGUCGCAACUGUGCCCCAAGCACAUCACCGUCUUGUCCCGCGCCUCAAGUGACGUCGCCAAAAAACCGGAAAAAAUCGAAGUCUUCAUUGACGACCAACCCGUUUUGGUGGACCCUGGCACCACAGUCCUCCAAGCCGCUGCUUUGAUCGGCGUGGAAAUCCCCCGAUUUUGCUACCACGAGCGCCUCGCCGUCGCCGGCAAUUGCAGAAUGUGUCUGGUGGAAGUGGAGAAGUCCCCGAAACCGGUGGCGGCGUGCGCCAUGCCCGUCAUGAAAGGGUGGCGCAUUAAAACCAAUUCUGAGAUGACGAAGAAGGCCCGCGAGGGGGUAAUGGAAUUCCUCCUGGUGAACCACCCGUUAGACUGCCCCAUUUGCGACCAAGGGGGCGAGUGCGACUUGCAGGACCAGAGUAUGGCCUUCGGGUCGGAUAGGUCAAGGUUCACCGAUAUUGAUUUCUCCGGGAAGAGGGCUGUGGAGGAUAAGGAUAUCGGGCCUUUGAUCAAGACGAUAAUGACAAGGUGUAUCCAUUGCACUAGGUGUAUUCGUUUCGCGUCAGAGGUCGCUGGGGUUGAUGAUUUGGGGACCACAGGACGGGGCUCCGGUAUGGAAAUUGGUACUUAUGUACAGAAGUUUUUCUUGUCUGAGUUGUCGGGAAAUGUGAUUGAUUUGUGUCCCGUGGGGGCGUUGACAAGCAAGCCGUAUAGUUUCACGGCAAGGCCUUGGGAGAUUCGGAAAAUUGAUUCGAUUGAUGUUUUGGAUGCUGUGGGGUCGAAUAUUGUCGUUUCGACUAGGACGGGGGAGGUGAUGAGGAUCUUGCCGAGGACCAAUGAGGAAAUCAACGAGGAAUGGUUAUCAGAUAAGGCGCGUUUCGCAUACGACGGCCUUAAACGCCAACGUCUCGUCGCCCCCAUGCUCAAGUCCACCAAUGGCGACCUCAAACCCGUCGACUGGGAAACAGCCCUACUUUCCAUCGCCAAAGUAAUGAAAAACGCCGGUUCGAGUAUUGGCGCAAUCGCUGGCGGUUUGGCCGAUGCCGAAGCCCUAAUAGCCCUAAAAGACCUCUUGAACCGUUUAGGUUCCGAAAAUUUGUGCACGGAACACACAUUCCCAAUGGACGGUUCCGGAACCGAUCUUCGAUCGUCAUACCUCCUCAAUAACAAGAUCAUGGGGGCCGAAGAGGCCGACUUUGCCCUCCUGAUUGGAACCAAUCCGCGAUUUGAAGCCCCACUUUUAAAUUCGCGCUUAAGGAAAGCCUACAUUCAUCGCGAAUUGGACGUUGCUUUAAUCGGCCCCAAAAUUAACCUAACCUACGGUUAUAACCAUUUGGGGGAUGACCCGGAGGUGAUUUCGCAAAUAGCCUCAGGUAGUCACCCCAUUGCGCAGAAAUUGAAAUCGGCGAAAAAGCCGUUGAUUAUUUUGGGGGCCGAUUUGUUGCAACGCCCCGAUGGGGGCGCAAUUUUGUCUCAAGUGCAGAGAAUCGCAUCGGGGACGAGUCCAGUCGAAGGCUGGAAAGUGUUUAAUAUUUUGCAUAAAGUGGCGAGUCAGGUUGCCGCACUUGAUGUUGGGUACACCCCCGGAGUGGACAAGAUUCGUGAAAGUAGCCCCAAAGUGGUGUUCUUGUUGGGGGCUGAUGAGUGUGCUAUUGACCGGAGCGACUUACCCGAGGGCUGUUUUGUGGUUUAUCAAGGCCAUCAUGGGGACCAUGGGGCUACUAUUGCCGAUGCGGUGCUCCCGGGGGCUGCCUACACGGAGAAACAAGCCACUUAUGUGAACACCGAAGGAAGGGCUCAGCAGACUUUACCGGCGGUCUCACCUCCUGGGAAUGCCAGAGAGGACUGGAAGAUAAUCAGGGCGUUGUCGGAGAUUGUGGGGGCACCGUUGCCCUACGACUCCUUGGAGGAUAUCAGGUGUAGGUUGCAUCAAGUUGCGCCCCAUUUAACUAGAUAUGGGGAUGCCGAAACUGCGAAUUAUUUUAAACAAGCCCAGGAAUUGGCAAAGAAAAUACAAAGUGAUAAGAUAAGUGGGGCCCCGAUUGAUGUUAAAAUAAAGGAAUUGAAGGAUUUUUACAUGACGGAUGCGAUUAGUCGGGCUUCGCCCACCAUGGCCAAGUGUGUCCAAGCAGUGCUGAAACAGGAGCAGUCAAAAUAUUGAAUAGUUUAGAUAAUUGUGUUGUAUUAUAAAAGAAUAAAAUAUUAAACGAAA